UUUCCGCAUCAGCCUCGUCCUAACAACCAUCCUACCAUGGCAACAGCGCGACUUUCUCUCAUAUUUAUUGUAAUUUGCGCGAGUUUAGCCGACGACGAAGUUAAACUAAAGUUCAAACCAGCAACAAAACCCGUGAGAUUAUUCACCGAGGAGGAGCUGAAGAGAUACGACGGUAGCGAGGAGGGGCAGCCCAUUUACAUGGCAAUAAAAGGAGUUGUGUUUGAUGUCACCAAGGGAAAAGAGUUUUAUGGUAAAGGCGCUCCAUACAACGCCCUGGCGGGGAAGGACGCCACUCGGGCUGUGGCCAAGAUGUCCCUGAACGCAGCAGACUUAACAUCAGAUACUACGGGCCUGACUGAACAGCAGCUCCAGUCUCUGGACAGCGUAUUUGAAGGCACAUACAAAACUAAGUAUCCCAUCGUGGGCUACACUGCGUCAAGAAUCCUCAACCAGGAUGGAAGUCCCAACGAAGACUUCAAACCAGAGGACCAGCCUCAGUUUCAGCUCAAAGAUGAGUUUUAGACUUGUGUAUUUUCUUCUGAAUCAAGGUUUUCUGUGAAUGUAGCGAUUUUUAGACAAAUCUCCUGUUUUAAAUCAUGAUCAAAGAGUUUGCAAGAGGAGAACAAAACCGUUUUUUACUUGAAAUGAAGAUUUACUGUUCAUAGACGUAAAGAAACCACUUUAUCUUUCAGGAAAUAUUAAGUAGAUUUACCAGGAACAAAGCGAGUGUUUCAGCUCACUCACUUUUAAAAUUUCUAUGCAUGUUAGAUUAUGUUGUAGUGGCGCAAAGAAAUGUGAAAAGAUUCAUAGAAAAGCAUCCGUCCUUUCUCAUUCUGGUCAAUUAUUGCCUCGGUCUGUGGAAAACUGUGACUCAUACGUGACGAAAAACUGAAGAAAGAGCAAAUAAAUGCACACGAAAAUGCUUUAAACUCAUUAUAAGUGAAGAAAUACAGUGAUUAUCAUCACAUUUCCUUUCACUUCCUCCACAAAGAAACAGGGUUGUUUAGCUUUCCAACAUGUGAACAAAUAUAAAAACAAGCAAAUGAAUCUGGUAACACUAAUGUUGCAGCAAUUGUUGGCAAUCAUUGCCACAAAUCUGUCACUUAAAUCAGACACCAACAGGCAAAUAAACACCUAAACCUUAUAAGUGCUGAAAAAAAGGAUAGUUGUCAGUUUUUUGUAAAAGUUUUCAUAAGUAAUUCAUUGACUGCGGUCGAUACAUUCAUGAUUACAGAACAAAUAGGAUUAAUUUGACCAUAUAUUUCACGUUAACAACGGCUAAACAUUAGCUUAUGUGAAGCUCAGGUUUAUUAUAUGUGGUUUCAGAGGUGAAGUGAGGUUAAAACUGCCAGAAACGAGACUGGAUUUUAGUUAUAGCUGCGACAGCGAUCGAUUGAUGAAUGAAGUCAAACAUUAACGAGAAGAAAAUGCCUUGGAAAGACUUGGAGAUGUGACAAAUGUUCAGUUCUUCUUCCUGUAAUGUGUCGGACAAGCAGUCGAAAAAUACUUGUUUACUGAUAAAUCACAUCUCAUAACAUGAUUUACUUGUCUUUGUACGUGUCCUGAGCCUUAUUCUGUACAGCACCUUUAUUGACUGUUGUCACAUUAAAGGUACUUUAUAAAUAAAAGAUUCAUUUGCGAUUGUUUCAACUGUUUACAUGUUGUAACAAAUAGAAUAAUUAUGAAAAAGAAAACUGUAAAUCUGCUGCUCUGUAAAUGUUUACAAGAUCAGAAUUGUUCCAUUUGAUUUCAACUUGAUUUUUGUACUAAAUAAACUCUCUGAGUCCUCUACUU